AUGGGGCUCUACUCCUUCACCUUGGCCGGCGGAGGCUACAUCCUAAUCGGCGCAUGGGAAUCCCUCCGCCCAAUCUCCGCCGGUAUCCCAUCGCCCAAAUCCGAAACUUUGAGAACCGCGGAUUCAAACCCAGAUGCAAGUCUUUCUUGCUCUUCUCCAUUGACGUACGCAGCCGUCUGCCUCUUCUCCUUCCUCUUCAUUGCCGACUCACUGAUCUCCCUCUUCAGUGCCGUUGACUCCAACGACGGAAUCGGCUCCGCCCUCCAGUUACAAAUCCUCCCGAUCGCAGCUCUCUUCUUCCUCUACUCGAUUCUGGGUUUAGCAACCUCCAUAACCUAG